AUGAUGAAGUGCUGCAGUAAGGAACAAAUUGAUCGUUCGAGUACAACUAAGUCUCCUAAAACUAUCGAUUUCAGUCAUGUGUGCCCAUCAAAGCUUAGUAAGCGAGAGCUGGAAGAGUUGUACUUCGCUCUCUUGCAAAACAAUAUGGAGAUGAAAAAGAACUUUAACAAACAGAAUGAGCAACUGAAAGUUCUCUCCACCAAACUGCAGAGAAUGAUGUCGACUCAAAGGGCGUAUAUGGCUAACGAAUCCAAGGACUGCUGCUCUGCAACCAAGGCUGUCGUUCAGGACCAGAAAAAGACCAUAUCAGAAAUGAAGAAAGCAAAUGACAACUUGAAGAACGAAGUAAAAAACUUGAACAUGAAGUUGUGCUCGACGAGACAAUUCCUAAAGAGGAGCUCCAUGGGCCCCUAUCAGAUGCAGAACAAAGCCACGUCACGUCCCACCUCCAGCAUUAUAGGCCGCUCUGAUUCCACUAGAAACUCGUCAACAAGUGCACUCAACACAAAGAAACCUGAAGCUGUUGAUAACAUGCAAAUGAAGUCAGUAUCUUGCCAGUGUCUUGAUAAGUUGGGGUUACCAGAAGGGAAUUUGGAGAAGUUGUGCGACGAAAAUAAAUGCCGAACUCAGAUGGAUGAGUUGAAACAGAAGAUUGUCAAUCUGCAAGAGGAGCUAAACAAAACCCACGAGGAGUACGCGAGCAGGAUAUCGAAACUGGAGCAUGAAGUGACGGACUUGCAGGAUGAGAACGCGCGCGUGCGCACAGAACGGACCGCCCGGGACCUCAGCCUGGACCGCCGCAACUCACAGGUCAAGGAGAUUAAGAAGAAACUGCGUGAGACACGAUGCGAGUGUGAAGUUCUAAACACAGAGCUGAUAAUAGAGAAAGGCAAGGUGGCGGAGCUGGAGGCGGCCGCGAGGGCGGCGGGCGCGGGCGCGCCGCUGCUGCAGGCGCUGGGGCGGCGCCUGCGCGUCGCGUCCGCCGACGCUAACCACAAAGCUGACUCUAAAAAGGUUAAAGGUUGCUGUGCGCAUUCUGAUUUUAACGAACCGUCAAGUUCCAAGGUACAAGGUACGCAAGAUGAGUCCACAAGCCCCACGGUUGAGAAUUCUGAGAAAAGAGUGUUGGAUUUCAUACCAGAGCUCACAGAGCAACAGCAAACGGAAGUUACGCCUGCUAGAGCUGAACCCAAGAAAGGUAAAGGUUGCUGUGCGCCUUCUGAGUUUAACGAACCGUCUAGUUCCAAGCGUACGCAAGAUGAGUCGACAAGCCCCCCGGCUGCGAAACCCAACGGUGUGCCUACGGCAUUAGAUUUUAAAAUGGAAGUGCCAGAGCAACAACAAAUUGGUGUUUCCCCUACACCAGGAGACGAUUUAACUCCAAAAUCUAAAGAGGGCACACCAAAAGUUUAUAAUCGAGAUUCGGAGAUGCCUUUGGGAAUACCGAUUCAUAACCAUUCUAACUCUAAAAAUAAAGAGGACCCAUCUGAAACUAAAGAUAAGCAAAAUGGAGACUCUCAGUUGAAGGAAAAGGGAUCACGACAUGAAUCUUGCGCACUCUGUGAAGGUGAAAACAAGAAAAAUAAACUCAAAGAAUCGGAUGUUGCGGCUGAAACUCUUAACGCAUUCGGUACACCAUUAUAUUGGUUAUCGAGUAAUGAUAAGAUGCCAGAAGACAUGCGGAUGUCUACAGAAAUGCCGCCAAACAAGAAAUCUGAUGAUUCCGGAUACGUUGAAGCUAACCGCAGCGGUGUAUCUCACGACGAUGAAAAGACAUCGUUGCAGAAAUUAAAUGAUGAGCUCAUGGACAAAAUAGCUGAUCUACAAAAGCAGCUUAACGACUUGAAAGCUAGGACGCUGUCGAACUCCGACACGUAUACUAUCGACUCCGAAGAACCAAGCGACAUAAAAUCUACGGGUGAACCGCGGCGGAACCAUAAGUCGAAGCGAGCGAAGAAAGAGAAGGACAGUGAUGAGUUGAAGGACGUCAACCAGCGUUGGCACAACUAUGAUGAGUCGUUGAAUGCUAACCCGACCUGCGAUACAACGUGUCGUCAAGAAAAUCUAGACUGCACCGACGAGUGCACAUACAAGCUAAACGAUAGCAAAGAAUGUACGAUGUGUGAUAAUGAACCUAUAAAUACAGAAAAAGAAAAUAGACAUAAAGACAACGAUAUCAAGUAUCAAAUUCCUGGCCCUGUACCUGUGACUUCGACACCGCGCGGCGAUAAACAAGCGCAUGCUAUGAAAACCAAACGCGACGAAGGUUCAGCCAGUCACCUUUCUGUCUUAUCAGAAUUAAAGGAUUCCAUAGUUAUUAGUAGAGAAUACUUAAUGAAAAAUAGGAAAAUAGCCUCGGAGCCACAACCUUUACAAUUUCGUCCAAGAAGUCAAAGUGCCCAUAAAACGCUUCUCAAAUCCAGUUUAGUAAAAUCGCAAGAAGAACAAAAGACAAAUUUUUGUACGGACUCGGAAUGCAAGAAACAUCAACCAGCUGCCAUCCCGGAAAACGGAGCACAGACUGUAAAAAUAAGCCCAUCCGAUGUGAGUGGUCAGCAGACGAUAGAAGCCCCUACUACGUUGACCGGUCCAAACGUAGGAGAAAACCAACCGAGCAGUCAAAAAACUGAUUUGGCCAACCACAAAACGCCUCAACACGAACCGACCAAACCCCAAGAAGCAUCGACAAUUCCGCUGGCGAAAAGACCUUCACAUAUCCAAGAAAUUAUCCAAAACCUGUAUGCUCGAUUUGCCAAAGAAACUCCGAAGUCUCCCCAAGCUCAAACAGAAGGGCCAAAUUUAAAUGGCCAAAAUAUCGAAGAGCUUCCAACUACAUCGAAAGAUCUGAUGGGAGUGAGUUCGCCUCCGAAAGCCUCGACAGAGAUAGGCCUCCACAAGUGUACCUGCAACCAGAUCGCAUCCGACUCAAAUGCACAGAAUACGACACCGAAGCAGGUAGACUGUUCGUGUGUGAAGUACUGCGAGAAUCCGACGACUCCAGGAGUAGCAUCAAAUGACGUAACAAAAAAUCCGGUGCCGUUGUCGGACACUCCUGUCAUUGGGGGAAAAAAAAAUUCGCCUGACAAUUUCGUUAAGUUUUCGAAGGAACCUAGAUCGGUGGAUGCUUAUUUGAAUAAUCAAAAUUCGAAUAUUGACGACUACGAAAACUAUAAAGAUAGUCGAGACGGUUCGCAAGAUCAGGGGAAUCAGAGCAUCGGAAAAAGUUCUGUAGGAACUGAGGUGCCGGUAUUAGGAAAAACUAUAGACAAUGAGGUGAGAAGUAAGGAUGUCCCUCCACAGCCUGCGGCCGAGCAGGAAGACCCUAUUAUGUACCUGCCGCCGACGCGGCCAGCUACCGGCAGCGUACCGUCCGUAUUCACCAAUGACCCGAAGAAGCCCAAAGAUGAUUACACGCAACUGUCUAAUGUAGAUAAAGCUAUUGACAGCCAGUUAGAUAUCUGCGAGCACCUAACGCACGUGUGCACGUGCCCGCACGAGUCCCCUGCACCCGCGAAUAACGCACACAGAGACGUGUCCGUAUUCCGUUCGUGUUCCGGCACGCUGCGCUUCCGCACCACCAACGCGCCCGCCUCCCGCAUACGCCGAUGUGGCUGCAGUCACGGGAAGACUGCUGGCUGCGGCACCACGCUUUCGCAAAUUAAAUAUGUGAACAACGAAACGCAAAGCCGCAAGGUUCGUAACGACGAGGGCGUGCAAGCGAACGAUCGAAGGAAUGUGGAAACUUCAGUACCCAAGACGUAUACAAUCCAUGCGAGUGCAGAACUAGUCAAAUGUUCCCGAGCGACGUCGCCGGAAAACACUGAUCAGGAGAUCUCCUCCAUGACGGAUCUACCUUCUGAGAAAGAUACAUAUAGCAGUCCCCGCUGCAAGAAGUGCGGGCAGACAAGCUCGUGGACAUCGCCCGGCGAAGACAAGGCCACCACCACCUCCAGGACCACCGCCACGCCCACUGCUUACUCCCUCAGCGAGGGGGAGAUGCCGCAAAUGGUCAAUUCUCCUGAAGAAGACUUACCAGAAAGACUUCCCAUAAAAUCACCAGCCAAACGUAACCUGAUGGAAAACUCGUCGUCGGCGCAGAUGGAAGCAGCUCUGCAGGCCAUUAGCCACGAGCUGGAGCGCUGUCGACUUCUGCUACUACAAACGAGGACACCAGAGGUUGUGUGACACACUACAACUAACUACAUAAUAUUACAUCAGACAGACAGAUGCUUUUUUCUGUUAGGACAUGGUUAUAUAAUACGUGAUGUUUACAAAACAAUAUAGUAUAUAGACAGUAGUCAGUGUGAGUGUAGUGAUUAGUGGGGAGUGUACAGGGUAGCGGUGUAGUAUAGUAUAUAGGGAGUUUAUAGUAUGGUAUAUAUAAGCUAUGUAUAUUUUUACAAAUAUAAAGGUGUUAGUGACAUCGAACCAAAAAUUUGAGGGAUGAUUCAGACCAUGAUUCUGAGUUGAUAUCAAGUCGAAACAAAAAACUUAUUAAAAUUUUAAUGAAUAUUUCGACAGGAAAUUUCACUUGAUAUCAACUCAGAAUCAUGCUCUGAAUCAUCCCCUCAGUAUUCGUUACGACGCCACUGAACAGGAUGUUCAUAUUAACGUGCAAAAAAUAUCAGUUUAAAAGAAAUUAUAUCAAUGGGUUAAAAAAAAUGAAUUACCCACACAUAGGAUCAACCUGUAUUCCCGAAGGUAGACAUGUAUAGUGUACACCUCACCCAUUCCUCACCAGCUAUGUUUAAGUCCCAAGUAAUAGGGGGCGAGCAUAUUGCCAUUAAUCGAGCACAAGUUCCGGAAACCACGUGAUAUCAAUUAUUUCAGAUCCAAACCUGAAUCCAAUCUCAUAAAGUCGAAUUUAGCGGUUAGUAGUUCUUUGAGAAGGGCUAUCACGGAUUUCGUCGCGACGAUCGAUCGGAUCGGCCGAGUUUACACUUAAAAAUAAAGAGAAGUAAUCUAUAAAAAGUGUAAAGUCGUCCGCAAGCCCGAUAUUUAAGUGCCCGACUUGCCACCUAGCCUGUAAGCCAAGCCUACCUUAUCUAAGUAUUAGAAAUGUAUUUUAUAUAAACUAUUGUAUUGUACGAGUAGUCUGUAAUUAUAAUAAUUGUAGUCCCUAAAUAGUACUAACUGUAGUUCCUAAACGCAUCUAUAUAAGUAUUAUCUAUUGCCUUCCGCUGUAAUUAAAGUUAUGAUUGUGAGUUGUA